GAGAGUUCAUUCUAAUAACACCGCCACUUGGUGUCAACGUUUUCCUGGUCAGUGAUUUUCGCUGUGAUUCUAUUAGAAAAGGCAUCUUUGGUUUCAUAUAAAGAGCAUAAGAUGCAGUCGGAGGAUGCACGCUAUCUGAAACGGAAAGUGAAGGGUGGUAGCCUGGACGUGCACCCUACAGAGAAAGCCCUGGUUGUUCAGUAUGAGGUGGAGGCGACCAUCCUUGGAGAGACCGGAGACGAGAUGCUGGGAGACCGCAAGAAGUGUCAGAAGAUUAUUCGUCUGAAGAGCCUGAAUACGAACACAGACAUUGCAGCGCUGGCCCGUAAGGUGGUUGAGGAGUGUAAACUCAUCCAUCCCUCCAAGCUGUCGGAGGUGGAGCAGCUGCUCUUCUAUCUACAGAACCGCAAGAAGGCCAGCGGGAAAGCAGAGAAGAGAGUGGUGAAACCAAGAGACCUAACUCCAUUUGACGGAAUGGAGAUAGACGAGGAGGCUAACAUCAACAAGGUGGACGAGUAUGUAGAGCUGCUGUAUGAAGGUAUGGAGGAGAAGGUGAAAGGAGCUACACUCAUCCUACACCUGGCCAGGAACCCUGACAACCUGGAUGAACUACUACAGAAUGAAACGGCUCUCGGCGCCCUGGCCAGAGUGCUCCGGGAGGACUGGAAGCAGAGUGUUGAGCUUGCCACCACCAUCAUCUAUGUUUUCUUCUGCUUCUCCAGUUUCUCCCAGUUCCAUGGGCUGGUGACCCACUAUAAAAUCGGAGCUCUGUGUAUGAAUGUCAUCGAACACGAACUGAAGAGAUACGACCUCUGGCAGGACGAACUGCAGAAGAAGACCAAGACAUGUGAAGACGACCCUGACAACCAGGCCUUGAGGAAGGAACAUGAGAAGGCCUUCAAGAAGUACCAGGGACUACUGGUAAAACAGGAGCAGCUGCUGAGAGUUGCUCUGUACCUGUUGUUGAACCUGGCCGAGGACACUAGGACAGAGCUGAAGAUGAGAAACAAGAACAUUGUCCACAUGCUGGUGAAGACCCUGGACCGGGAGAACGAGGAACUACUGGUCCUGGUCGUGUCCUUCCUCAAGAAACUCAGCAUCUUCCUGGAGAACAAGAACGAUAUGGCGGAGGUGGACACCGUAGAGCGUUUGUCUCGUUUGGUCCCGUGUGAACAUGAAGACCUGCUGAACAUCACGCUGCGUCUCCUCCUCAACCUCUCCUUUGACACCGGGCUACGCAGCAAGAUGGUGCAGGUCGGCUUGCUGCCCAAACUCACCUCCCUGCUGGGUGACGAGAACCACAAGCAGAUGUCCAUGUGUAUCCUGUACCACAUCAGUGUUGAUGACAGGUUCAAGUCCAUGUUCGCCUACACAGACUGCAUCCCACAGUUGAUGAAGAUGUUGUUUGAGCACGGCGAGGAGAGGAUCGAUGCUGAGCUCAUCUCCUUCUGUAUCAACCUGGCAGCUAACAAGAAGAACGCUCAGCUCAUCUGUGAAGGAAAUGGUCUGAAGAUGUUGAUGAAGAGAGCUCUGAAGCUGAAGGAUCCUUUACUUAUGAAGAUGAUACGAAACAUUUCUCAACACGACGGACCACCCAAACAGCUCUUCAUCGACUAUGUCGGAGACCUGGCAGCCCAGAUCAGUCCUGAUGAAAACGACGAGUAUGUGAUCGAGUGUCUGGGGACCCUGGCUAACCUCACUAUCGCUGAUCUGGACUGGGAACUGGUGCUGAAGGAGUACAACCUGGUACCUUACUUUAAAGAUAGACUCAAACCAGGCUCUGCAGAGGAUGACCUGAUACUAGAGGUGGUGAUUAUGAUCGGGACGGUGUCCAUGGACGACAGCUGUGCCGCCAUGUUGGCCAAGUCUGGCAUCAUCCCUGCUAUCAUAGAAUUACUGAAUGCCCAACAGGAGGACGAUGAGUUUGUGUGUCAGAUCGUCUAUGUGUUCUACCAGAUGGUUUUCCACCAGGCCACCAGGGAGGUCAUCAUUAAAGAGACACAGGCUCCGGCGUACCUUAUCGACCUGAUGCACGACAAGAAUGCUGAGAUACGCAAGGUCUGUGACAACACUCUGGACAUAAUCGCUGAGUAUGAUGAGGAGUGGGGGAGGAAGACUCAGAGAGAGAAGUUCCGAUGGCAUAACUCUCAGUGGUUGGAGAUGGUGGAGAGUAGGCAGAUGGAGGAGGGAGAGCCCUAUAUGUACGGAGAGGAUGGAGAGAUGGACAGACCUGACCUCUUCUACAGCACUGAUGGGAUCACCCCUGCGUCAGGAGCCGUCAGUCCAGACUUCUUCAGUGAUCCCUACGCCCAGAAUGGAGACGGACAACACGGUGGAGGAGCUGACGGGUUUGACCUGACUACGGGGACAUCGAGUCGCCCGGCCACCGGCUUCGGCUUCAGACCAGACGAGCAUUUCUCCUACGAUUACACUUCUUCCAGAUAAACCAAUCACCAUCCACAGAGUCUGACCAAUCACCAUCCACAGAGUCUGACCAAUCACCAUCCACAGUCUGACCAAUCACCAUCCACAGAGUCUGACCAAUCACCAUCCACAGAGUCUGACCAAUCACCAUCCACAGAGUCUGACCAAUCCCCAUCCACAGAGUCUGACCAAUCCCCAUUCACUAUGAACACUGACCAAUCCCCAUUCACUAUGAACACUGACCAAUCCCCAUUCACUAUGACCACGGACCAAUCCCCAUUCACUAUGAACACUGACCAAUCCCCAUUCACUAUGAACACUGACCAAUCCCCAUUCACUAUGAACACUAGGUGUGGCUCCCUUCCUAUUCCCAUAGGAACGUGUUGAGAGUAGAGCACUGUUUCUGAAAUAGGGUACCAUUUCAGAUGCACCCUAACUAGAGGUAGUGAUGUAGGGUUUCAGAUGCACCCUAACUAGAGGUAGUGAUGUAGGGUUUCAGAUGCACCCUAACUAGAGGUAGUGAUGUAGGGUUUCAGAUGCACCCUAACUAGAGGUAGUGAUGUAGGGUUUCAGAUGCACCCUAACUAGAGGUAGUGAUGUAGGGUUUCAGAUGCACCCUAACUAGAGGUAGUGAUGUAGGGUUUCAGAUGCACCCUAACUAGAGGUAGUGAUGUAGGGUUUCAGAUGCACCCUAACUAGAGGUAGUGAUGUAGGGUUUCAGAUGCACCCUAACUAGAGGUAGUGAUGUAGGGUUUCAGAUGCACCCUAACUAGAGGUAGUGAUGUAGGGUUUCAGAUGCACCCUAACUAGAGGUAGUGAUGUAGGGUUUCAGAUGCACCCUAACUAGAGGUAGUGAUGUAGGGUUUCAGAUGCACCCUAACUAGAGGUAGUGAUGUAGGGUUUCAGAUGCACCCUAACUAGAGGUAGUGAUGUAGGGUUUCAGAUGCACCCUAACUAGAGGUAGUGAUGUAGGGUUUCAGAUGCACCCUAACUAGAGGUAGUGAUGUAGGGUUUCAGAUGCACCCUAACUAGAGUUAGUGAUGUAGGGUUUCAGAUGCACCCUAACUAGAGGUAGUGAUGUAGGGUUUCAGAUGCACCCUAACUAGAGGUAGUGAUGUAGGGUUUCAGAUGCACCCUAACUAGAGUUAGUGAUGUAGGGUUUCAGAUGCACCCUAACUAGAGUUAGUGAUGUAGGGUUUCAGAUGCACCCUAACUAGAGGUAGUGAUGUAGGGUUUCAGAUGCACCCUAACUAGAGGUAGUGAUGUAGGGUUUCAGAUGCACCCUAACUAGAGGUAGUGAUGUAGGGUUUCAGAUGCACCCUAACUAGAGGUAGUGAUGUAGGGUUUCAGAUGCACCCUAACUAGAGGUAGUGAUGUAGGGUUUCAGAUGCACCCUAACUAGAGGUAGUGAUGUAGGGUUUCAGAUGCACCCUAACUAGAGGUAGUGAUGUAGGGUUUCAGAUGCACCCUAACUAGAGUUAGUGAUGUAGGGUUUCAGAUGCACCCUAACUAGAGGUAGUGAUGUAGGGUUUCAGAUGCACCCUAACUAGAGGUAGUGAUGUAGGGUUUCAGAUGCACCCUAACUAGAGGUAGUGAUGUAGGGUUUCAGAUGCACCCUAACUAGAGGUAGUGAUGUAGGGUUUCAGAUGCACCCUAACUAGAGGUAGUGAUGUAGGGUUUCAGAUGCACCCUAACUAGAGGUAGUGAUGUAGGGUUUCAGAUGCACCCUAACUAGAGGUAGUGAUGUAGAGUUUCAGAUGCACCCUAACUAGAGGUAGUGAUGUCGGGCGUGUCAUGACUGAAACAUUCAGCAGUAACCAUCAUCAUUUCCUGGUUUUACUCUUCUUCUGUGUGCUAAUGCGAGCUGACAGCCAUAUAUAUGUGUUUUAUAUAUAUAUAUAUAUAUACACUCGAUUAACUGGAUCUGAAAUGAUUCAAAUGUAUUAUUGUAAUGUUUUGAUUAUUCAGGCGAUGCUAAGGUGCGAAUAUCAUGCUAGAUGUCGACUUUUAUUUGAAGGUGAAGUAGCAGAGGGUUUAUAUUAUGCUGUGUAGACAUCUACAUGUUUAUAUUAUCACACAAACCACACACACUUCUGCAUGUAUAUUACUUAUAAACUAAGAACCACUGAAUCAUUAGUAAAAAAAAAGAAAGAUUGUCAUUAAAAUAUACUUUCAGUACAGGCUACUAAGGUAGGCUUGAAACCACUUGAAUGUAGAAUUAAAGGUGCUACACAUUUAUUUCUUUUAUUGUUUUGUCGUUGUAAUUUCACAAAAUUGUCCGUAAUAUAUCUGCACUAAUAGUGUUUAACAGGAUCACUUACCCGAUAGUGUUGUGAUUGGCUGUGAUGUUAACUUUGAGUUUUUACAUUUAAGUCAUUUAGCAGACGCUCUUAUCCAAAGCGACUUACAAAUUGGAAAGUUCGUACAUAUUCAUCCUGGUCCCCCCGUGGGAAUUGAACCCACAACCCUGGCGUUGCAAGCACCAUGCUCUACCAACUGAGCCACACGGGACCACCUUAUUAACUUUGAGUUUUUCUCCCACCAGAGACAGAAUCUGUUGUUUUGACUUUGUGGCUGUGUUAACUAGUAGAAAUCGGCUCAAGUGGGAAUUUCCUGGUUGCAAAAAAAAUUCAACACUUUUUCGCUCAAUUUCAGUUUUUGUGAGAAAACAAGUACUGAAUACUGUAGGGAAUCACUGUACCAUCUAAAUCACUGUGAACUAUCUUUUCAAUAACAAAAAAAAAACUUUUUGAAGCUGGUGGACCAAAACCAAAAGUUAAAGGCUCAGACGUGAGUCUCCAUCAUGUUACAGGGAAGUAGAAUGCAAGGGGAGGGGGGAGAUUUGUUUUGAAUGCAGCACAAAGCUGUUGCAAUUCCCCUAGCUGCCACAUGGGGGAGAAAUUCAGAGUGUAGCACCUUUAAGUUAUUCUUAUUAUAUCUGCAUGAACAGACAAACCACUCACGUUGUCAGCUUUGGCUCCAGAAUCACGUUACUCUAGUUAUAUGUAACAUAGCCUCAUAUGCUCUUCAAGGCUACUGCUAUUGUCUGCUUGAGUCAACGUACUGCAUUUAAUCACCAUUAAAUACUCAAUACACUGUAGAGUGCAUACCUUGUAACUACACGUAACAACAACAAAAAAAUAUGCACUAGUUAACGAUGUAUAAUGUGUAUAUAUACUAAUGUGUUGGGUCAGACUGUAUUGGCCCUGCAGGCUAGCCCUAACCAAGACUAGAAACAGGUGUUUAGAGAGUUCUGACAUUGACGUUUCUCCAUUAUGAUGCGCUUACAUGACACUACAACAUUCUAUAUCACUAUGACAGCCAUGUUAGAACCCCAUUAACAUGACACUACAACAUUCUAUAUCACUAUGACAGCCAUGUUAGAACCCCAUUAACAUGACACUACAACAUUCUAUAUCACUAUAGCAGCCAUGUUAGAACCCCAUUAACAUUUACAUUUACAUUUAAGUCAUUUAGCAGACGCUCUUAUCCAGAGCGACUUACAAGUACAUACAUUCAUACUUUUUUGUACUGGCCCCCCGUGGGAAACGAACCCACAACCCUGGCGUUGCAAGCGCCAUGCUCUACCAACUGAGCUACACGGGACAUUAACAUGACACUACAACAUUCUAUAUCACUAUGACAGCCAUGUUAGAACCCCAUUAACAUGACACUACAACAUUCUAUAUCACUAUGACAGCCAUGUUAGAACCCCAUUAACAUGACACUACAACAUUCUAUAUCACUAUGACAGCCAUGUUAGAACCCCAUUAACAUGACACUACAACAUUCUAUAUCACUAUAACAGCCAUGUUAGAACCCCAUUAACAUGACACUACAACAUUCUAUAACAGCCAUGUUAGAACCCCAUUAACAUGACACUACAACAUUCUAUACCAGCCAUGUUAGAACCCCAUUAACAUGACACUACAACAUUCUAUAACAGCCAUGUUAGAAACCCAUUAACAUGACACUACAACAUUCUAUAUCACUAUAGCAGCCAUGUUAGAACCCCAUUAACAUGCCACUACAACAUUCUAUAUCACUAUGACAGCCAUGUUAGAACCCCAUUAACAUGACACUACAACAUUCUAUAUCACUAUGACAGCCAUGUUAGAACCCCAUUAACAUGACACUACAACAUUCUAUAACAGCCAUGUUAGAACCUCAUUAACAUGACACUACAACAUUCUAUAACAGCCAUGUUAGAACCCUAUUAACAUGACACUACAACAUUCUAUAACAGUCAUGUUAGAACCCCAUUAACAUGACACUACAACAUUCUAUAACAGCCAUGUUGGAGCUCAUUAACAUGACACUACACCAUUCUAUAACAGCCAUGUUAGAACCCCAUUAACAUGACACUACACCAUUCUAUAACAGUCAUGUUAGAGCACAUUAACAUGACACUACAACAUUCUAUAUCACUAUGACAGCCAUGUUAGAACCCCAUUAACAUGACACUAUAACAUUCUAUAACAGCCAUGUUAGAGGCCCAUUAACAUGACACUACAAUAUUCUAUAACAGCCAUGUUAGAACCCCAUUAACAUGACACUACACCAUUCUAUAACAGCCAUGUUAGAACCCCAUUAACAUGACACUACAACAUUCUAUAACAGCCAUGUUAGAACCCCAUUAACAUGACACUACAACAUUCUAUAACAGCCAUGUUAGAGGCCCAUUAACAUGACACUACAAUAUUCUAUAACAGCCAUGUUAGAACCCCAUUAACAUGACACUACACCAUUCUAUAACAGCCAUGUUAGAACCCCAUUAACAUGACACUACAACAUUCUAUAACAGCCAUGUUAGAACCCCAUUAACAUGACACUAUAACAUUCUAUAACAGCCAUGUUAGAACCCCAUUAACAUGACACUACAACAUUCUAUAACAGCCAUGUUAGAACCCCAUUAACAUGACACUACAACAUUCUAUAACAGCCAUGUUAGAACCCCAUUAACAUGACACUACAACAUUCUAUAACAGCCAUGUUAGAACCCCAUUAACAUGACACUAUAACAUUCUAUAACAGCCAUGUUAGAACCCCAUUAACAUGACACUACAACAUUCUAUAACAGCCAUGUUAGAACCCCAUUAACAUGACACUAUAACAUUCUAUAACAGCCAUGUUAGAACCCCAUUAACAUGACACUACAACAUUCUAUAACAGCCAUGGCUCUGGACGUUUCUGACUGGUGUUAGUGGAAUUAAAUAAUUCCUCUAAUGUACUCAUUAAUUAAAUUCAAUCUGUCUAUUUAUAAGAAUUUGUAAGAUACUUAUUAACAUAAAAUAGACAGGAUACAGUCUUAUUAAAAUUAGAUAAUAGUGUUUAUUCUCGGAGCACGCUCCCAUUUGAUCAUAACCAACAGUUUAUAUACAAGAUAUGACGUCAUAGUUUACAGAAUAAAUCUCCUCGUCCUGGCCUAUAUAUAAUAGGUUCAAAAGUUCAUUCCAACUUCUCAGCGCACACACAUGACACACAAUAUAAUCAAUCCUCCUGAAGGCUCCCUAUAAUUUAUUACCACUUUAGCAGACAACUCAAGAUAAUGGAAGACCUAAAAAGUUACCCACAGCCUUAUCUAAACACCUCAGGGCUAAGUUGGGUCAGUUCAACCAUAGUUUAACGACCCUUUCUGCUUACUUUAUAACCCACAACACAAAUCUCUUUUCACCAGGCGUGCAGAGUUCAAUUAGUUAUAUUUUUAUCUAAAGCUAAAAAAAUAAUCAUUAUUUAUUAACAAAAUUCCUAACACUGGUCUUGGAACCAUGACAACGGACAGCCCCUCCCCGCUUGGCUCUGAACGUUUCUGACUGGUCUUGGAACCAUGACAACGGACAGCCCCUCCCCGCUUGGCUCUGAACGUUUCUGACUGGUCUUGGAACCAUGACAACGGACAACCCCUCCCCGCUUGGCUCUGAACGUUUCUGACUGGUCUUGGAACCAUGACAACGGGCAGCCCCUCCCCGCUUGGCUCUGAACGUUUCUGACUGGUCUUGGAACCAUGACAACGGGCAGCCCCUCCCCGCUUGGCUCUGAACGUUUCUGACUGGUCUUGGAACCAUGACAACGGGCAGCCCCUCCCCGCUUGGCUCGAUGGGAUGUGUAGGGAUUUUGCCAACACAUCCAGAUAUGUACGGUCUUGUACCCAUAACUUUUUUUUAAAGCGACUAUUUGUUGAUUAAAUCAGACUUUAUUUAUACCAGGAAUGAACAAGUUAAUUUACAUAAAUAAUAAUCAUUAUAAAGCAACUGUACAGAGUGCCAAAUGGCUACGAUGAAUGGUUAAAUUACUUUCAGGCACGAAGGAUUAACAGAGCUCCUCCUCGCCACUCUAUAGCGCUAGUGGUGACCGAGUCCAUGGUAUCGGAGUCGUUGGAGUCCACACUCUCUCGACAAUAUGCUCUAAACCAGGGGUAUUCAAAUCUUACCAUACGAAGUGUGGAGCCCGCUGGUUCUCCGUUCUACCUGAUCAUUAAUUACGCCCACCUGGUGUCCCAGGUCUAAAUCAGUCCCUGAUUACAGAACGCAGUGGAACUGGCUUCGGGGUCCAGAGUUGAGUUUGGGGGCUCUACAUAACGCUGUCUAGAAUUCAAAACAAUAUUCUACAUUGUAAAAGUUGGCCCAACUGUCUAAAUAUAUGGCUAUGAGACCGAGACAGUGUUACCCAGGUGGUAUUACUAUAUUGAUGGUGGUAGACAGUGGUGGGCUUUUGCAAUGAUGGUAAAAAAAAUCAGUAGGCUACAUUUUGGUUUGAAUAAAUAGAAAGGCUUCAACGGACAGUAAAUGUUUUACACAGAAAGCAACGUGCCAGAACAUGCAGCGGCAGUAGACAGUAGCAGUAGGCGGCAGUAGGCGGCAGUAGACAGUAGCAGUAGGCGGCAGUAGGCGGCAGUAGGCAGUAGCAGUAGGCGGCAGUAGGCAGUAGCAGUAGGCGGCAGUAGACAGUAGCAGUAGGCGGCAGUAGGCAGUAGCAGUAGGCAGUAGCAGUAGGCAGCAGUAGGCGGUAGUAGGCGGCAGUAGGCAGUAGCAGUAGGCGACAGCAGUAGGCGGCAGUAGACAGUAGCAGUAGGCGACAGCAGUAGGCGGCAGUAGACAGUAGCAGUAGGCGGCAGCAGUAGGCGGCAGUAGGCGGCAGUAGGCGGCAGUAGACAGUAGCAGUAGGCGGCAGUAGGCGGCGGCAGUAGGCGGCAGGAUACACUUUUAUAGCCACUUCCUACUCUGUGGCACACUUCACCAUUUAAUGACUUGUGUUGCUGGUUGACAAUAGUGCUUUAUUUGAUAUGUACUAUGUUUAUAUGUACAGUACUCUCUGUUAGAGGUUUCUUAUUUUCUCAGUUUAUAUUAAAUAUGAUUUUAUAUUAGAGCUUUUGUUUAUUGUUUGUUUUAUAGAGGUCAUGUUUAAUUAUUUUCUUAAUUGUAUUUAAAGUGUUACUUUAUUGUGUUACUAAGGGGAGACAGCAGCACGGUAGUGUAUCUGAUGUGUGCCUGAAGCUCGUAGGAACCACUGCUGUAGCAUUCUCUGCUGCUUUGAAGCAUUCUCUGCUGCUUUGAAGCAUUCUCUGCUGCUUUGAAGCAUUCUCUGCUGCUUUGAAGCAUUCUCUGCUGCUUUGAAGCAUUCUCUGCUUCUUUGAAGCAUUCUCUGCUGCUUUGAAGCAUUCUCUGCUGCUUUGAAGCAUUCUCUGCUGCUUUGAAGGACCUUAUAAAACCAUAUGAGGGAUUCAUUGGUGUGGAAUGUGAACAUUAGUGCAAUUAAAAUCACUGUUCAAAUUCA